ACGACAAAAAUAUUGAACACUAGUAUACAUUUGUCAAUAAUUGUUUUUCGAUAUUUUCUAUAAUCGUGUUUUGUGGUUACGUAAUCUUUGCAUCAAUGUAAGAAAAUCACGAUUUUGUACCUGCGUGUUUACAACAACACAAGUUUAAACUACACGCCAGAGCAAUACAAAAAUGAAACUUUUCUAUGUGAUAGUGAUCUAUGCGUUUUUAAAUGUUGUGGCAAAUGGUGCUUAUAAUACAGAAGUUAGAAGGAACCCUGAAGAUAAACUCACUGACGUACAUAUUGAUACAGAAAAUGUAGAAGAUAGAAAGAACCUUGAAACUACAAACGAACUCAUUCGCACAUUGGUUAAUAGAAAGACCGCGGGGUUCAACAUAAAAAAUUUUGCUUGGCAACAUAGAUUAUCGAUGAAGCAUUUGACUUUUAUGUUUGCGAUACCUGAACAAGAUUGUGAUAACAACUCCUUUCUCCAGUACAUAAUGGAGCUAUAUCUGCAACAAAAAUUAAUCGAACACUUAGGCCAUUUUGCCGUUAAGCAUACACCUGUUGUUAAAGGUCUUGACAGUAUGGAUGACCUGGGAGCUAAGCGAAGAGAUCUGUUGCUUAAACCAUUAGGCGAUUUAAUAACGAAUAUUAUAAAUCAACCAAAGAACCAUCAUGUUGAAUUUAUCCACAUAUGUCGAAUCAUAGGAUUGUUCAUGAGUGUACAAGAUCCAAAAGAAUACGCAACAAAUGCUGCUAUUUCACUCGACCAUACUUGUGUUAUAAGUCAUGGAGAGACAGUCAUAAAGUCAUGCAAAUACGUUGGGACUAAUUUACAUAAUGUAGAUAACGAAAACCAUAUGUCGGUAGGGAAAAGCAUAACUCUUGAGUUAUAAUAUAUAAUUUAAAUAAAUAAUUUCUAUACUCUCGGGUUUAGUUUAAUAAAUAAUACAUAAAAUAUGAAGUACUUAUGUUAUUAUAUUUUUUAAAUAUUUUUUGUGUGCCACAGUAAUGUCAAAAUUGUCAAA